GCGGAGCCCGCUCCUCCGCCGCCUGAGGGGAACUCGAGACGUCGCCAGCGCAAUGCUGGAGGAGCCGGAGUGCGGGGCGCCGGGCGCCCGGGGAGAGGCCGCAGCCAUGGAUUGCAAAGACAGGCCAGCUUUUCCAGUCAAGAAGUUAAUACAAGCCCGACUGCCAUUCAAGCGCCUGAAUCUUGUCCCCAAGGAGAAAAUUGACGAUGGCUUGGAUGACACAGGGGUCUCUCGGGGUGGCCCUGUGCAGACUCAAGUCCACGACUUAGAAACCUCUUUGGACCACUUGGAGAACUGUCACAUGGGUUCUGACAUCGAUUUUAGGCCAAAACUUGUCAAUGGGAAGGGACCCUUAGAUAACUUUUUAAGAAGUCAAGUUGAAACCAGUAUUGGCCAGGCUGUGGUCAUAAUCGAUUUGACAGAGGACUCGAGCAACCCCCGGGACAACAUGGUGGGCCACAGUAAAUUGAAUUCUGCCGCCUCCCCAGCUCAGAAGAACAUAAAUGGAGUCCCAGACAAAGCUGGAGAUGACAGGGGACUGCCAAAGGCCAAUCAGAAGGACGAGCUGGCAAGUCCCGAAGAGGCCCUUUCAGAAGUUCUGUGCAAGACAGAGGCAGGGGGUGCUGACUCAGGGGGUGUAGACAGGAGGGGACUCGCACAGAGGGGCUCACCCCAAAACUCUCCCAAGCUGACUGGUGGCCUGAGCACGUGCUCUGAGAAGGACCGGGACGGCUGGCGUGAAGCCGGGGGCAUCCUGUUCAAGGGGAAGAUGCCCGUGGUUCUCUUGCAGGAUAUCCUGGCCCCCAGACCGCCAGCCAGGUCUCCUCCUGCCACUCCUCCCGGCCAGGCUGUGCCUUCUGAGAGCGAGACACCGGAGUCCAGCCCAGAAGAGGACUUGGCACUGAGCCACUCAUCCUUGAGCUCUUCCUCUCCCACCAGCUCCCCCGAGGGGCAGUCUGUGCCCACAAAGCUGCAUACAGGCCCCAGCCCCCUCCCUGCCUCCACACCCGUCUGCAGAGUAACUAAAAAACUGGUCAGAGGCUCUGCAGAGAAGAACAAGAUGAAACUGCAAAGGGAUAAGGAGCGUCUGCGGAGGCAGCUGAAGCUCCGGGCCGAGAAGGAGGAGAAGGAGAAGCUGAGGGAGGAGGCCAAGAGGGCCAAGGAGGAGGCCAGGAAGAAGAGGGAGGAGGAGAAGGAGCUGAAGGAGAAGGAGCGGCGGGAGAAGCGAGAGAAGGACGAGAAGGAGAAGGCGGAGAAGCAGCGGCUCAAGGAGGAGAGACGCAAGGAGCGCCGGGAGGCUUUGGAGGCAAAGCUGGAGGAGAAGCGGAAAAAGGAAGAGGAGAAACGGUUGAGAGAAGAAGAAAAGCGCAUUAAAGCCGAGAAGGCUGAAAUCACGAGGUUCUUCCAGAAACCAAAGACCCCACAGGCCCCCAAGACCCUGGCUGGUUCCUGUGGGAAGUUUGCCCCUUUCGAAAUCAAAGAGCACAUGGUCCUCGCCCCUCGAUGCCGGACUGCCUUUGAUCAAGACCUCUGUGACCAGCUUGACCAGCUCCUCCAGCAGCAGAGCAGCGAGUUCUCCUUCCUCCAAGAUCUGAAAAGGCGGCGGCCGCUCAGGUCUGGGCCCACUGUGGUGUCUAACCGGAACACAAACCUCUCAAACAGCGAUGUGGUGAUUGUGGAGAGCAGCAAAGUGGACGGCGUUCCUGAGCGGAGAAAGUUUGGCAGGAUGAAGCUUCUACAGUUCUCUGAGAACCACAGGCCAGCAUACUGGGGCACGUGGAACAAGCAGACGACAGUCAUCCGCCCAAGGGACCCCUGGGCCCAGGACAGGGACCUCCUUGACUACGAGGUGGACAGCGAUGAGGAGUGGGAAGAGGAGGAGCCGGGAGAGUCCCUCUCCCACAGCGAAGGGGACGAGGACGAUGAUGUGGGAGAGGAUGAGGAUGAGGACGAUGGUUUCUUCGUGCCCCACGGGUACCUGUCUGAGGAUGAAGGAGUAACUGAGGAGUGUGCCGACCCGGAAAAUCACAAGGUGCGCCAGAAACUGAAGGCCAAGGAGUGGGAUGAGUUUCUGGCCAAGGGAAAGCGGUUCCGCAUUCUCCAGCCCGUGAAGAUCGGUUGCAUCUGGGCGGCUGACAAGGACAGCGGUGCUGACCUGAAGGUGCUGCAACAGUUCACGGCCUGCCUGCUGGAGACUGUGCCCCCCGAGGAGGAGCAGACGCCCAAGGCCUCAAAGAGAGAGAAGAGGGACCAGCAGAUCCUGGCCCAGCUGCUCCCGCUGCUGCACGGGAACGUGAAUGGGAGCAAGGUGAUCAUUCGGGAGUUCCAGGAGUGCUGCCGCCGAGGACUGCUCAGCAGGGACGCCGGCAGCCCAGAGCACAGUGCCACCAGCCCCCCGAGCCCUGGCCCUGCCCGCCCGCAGACCCCUACCACCGGCGAGGACAUGGCCGUGCCCUCCAAGGCCAGGCUCAAGCGGAUUAUUUCUGAGAACUCGGUGUACGAGAAGAGGCCCGACUUCAGGAUGUGCUGGUACGUCCACCCACAGGUGCUGAGGAGCUUCGCCCAGGAGCACCUGCCUGUGCCCUGCCAGUGGAGUUAUGUCACCGCAGUGCCCUCGGCCACCAAGGAGGACAGUGGCAGCGUCCCCGCCCCGGGGCCCGGCCAGGGUAUGCCUGUCUCACUCAAGAGGAAGUCGGCAGGUAGCAUGUGCAUCACCCAGUUCAUGAAAAAGCGCCGGCACGACGGGCAGGUUGGCACUGGAGACCUGGACGGCUUCCAGGCGGACACAGAGGAGGAGGACGACGAGGAAGGCGACUGUGUGAUCAUGGACAUCUCUGAUGUUGGGGACAUCCAGGCCCCAUGUGGAACGACUUCCGGAGCUGGGGGCUCAGUGGGGAUGGACACCAGUGAGACCCUCGUGGCCCCCAGCUCACUUGGCCUGUCCUGAGUGCCCAAGUGGCCCGUGUAUGUAUGUAGAAUGGUUAGGGUAUUCUCGACGCCUCUCAGAUACUUGAAAGUCCUGACUCCUGUGUAAAGAGCACUUUGUCCUGCUUGGCAGACCUCCCUGGAGGUCUGGAAAGUUUUAUAUAGGAUACUUGGUUAGGUUUUUUUGAUAUUUGUAAAAAAUUUCCUCCCAAAGCUGCAUAUUAAUCUGCCCUUUAAUAAAGCAUUAUUGUGAUGUGACCUGCAUGGGGAGGGCCUAGUCGUGCCCCGUGGACCCUGAGCAGGCACAGUGACGAGAUGCUUGUGAAUGAAUUGAAGCCCCUCGGAUGCGGCGCGGCACCCGGACCUGACAUGGACCUGUAUAAACUAUUGUCU